AUGGGGCGGCCGGCCGCCAGCCUGGCCCCGCUCCGGCUGCUGCUGCUCCUGGCGCUGGGACACGCCUGGACCUACCGGGAGGAGCCGCAGGACGGCGACAGGGAAGUUUGCUCCGAGAACAAAAUCGCCACCACCCGGUACCCCUGCCUGAAACCCACGGGAGAGCUCACCACCUGCUUCAGGAAAAAAUGCUGUAAGGGUUAUAAGUUUGUUCUUGGACAGUGCAUCCCUGAAGACUACGAUGUCUGUGCCGAAGCUCCCUGUGAACAGCAGUGCACAGAUAACUUUGGGCGAGUCUUGUGCACUUGCUAUCCCGGAUACCGCUACGAUCGGGAGAGGCACAGGAACAGAGAGAAGCCUUAUUGCCUGGAUAUCGAUGAGUGUGCCACGAGCAACGGGACUCUGUGCUCUCAGAUCUGUGUCAACACUGUGGGCAGCUACAGGUGCGAGUGUCAUGAAGGCUAUGUCCGGGAAGAGGAUGGCAGGACAUGCACCAAAGGAGAUAAAGCUGGGCUUCCUGAGAAAUCUGAAAAUGUGGCAAAACCAGGGACAUGCUGUGCCUCUUGUAAAGAAUUCCAUCAAAUAAAGCAGACAGUUUUACAGCUGAAGCAAAAGGUUGCUUUGCUACCAAAUAACGCUGCUGAUCUUAGCAAGCAAAUCACUGGUGAAAAGGUGCUUGCCUCUAAUGCAUACAUCCCUGGCCCCCCAGGCCAGCCUGGCCAACCAGGCCCUCCAGGGGCUCCAGGACCUAAAGGGAGUCAAGGAGCUCCUGGAUUACCUGGACCUCCUGGGCAGCCAGGCCCUCGUGGAUCAAUGGGACCUAUGGGCCCAUCUCCAGAUAUAUCACACAUCAAGCAGGGCAGACGGGGCCCCGUGGGCCCACCUGGAGCCCCAGGGAGAGAUGGUAGCAAGGGGGAGCGAGGAGCACCAGGACCAAAGGGGAUACCUGGCCCGCCGGGUUCAUUUGAUUUCCUAUUGCUGAUGAUGGCAGACAUCAGAAACGACAUCGCUGAGCUGCAAGAGAGAGUGUUUGGACACAGGACUCAUUCAUCUACAGAAGAGUUUCCAUUACCUCAGGAAUUCACAAACUAUCAUGACACAGUAGAUUUUGGAUCCGGAGAAGACUACAAACCACGGGCAACAUCCAGAAAUGCCAGGAUACAGAAGGCAGACCAUCCUUAGCUAUUCCUACUGAAAAACAAAGCCUCUUUAGAAUUCUUCAAUAUAAAAAAAUGCACUGACAAUUCCCAUUUUUCUUUCUGCUUUUCCUGAACCAUGCUGCCUGUACUGUAGCUUUCCUGGUUCAUGGUAGCCUCCUUGCAAAAAUUCCAUAAUGCCAAGCCUGCACUGUGCAUUGUACCUAGACUAUCAAAAAAAUCUUCUUAGCAUAUAUGAUUAAGGCAUGCUCUAGCUAAUAACACAGACCACAGCAUUCCAUCUGCCUACCUUGCAUUCUAUGUCCAAAUGACCCAGUACACAAAUUUUGCCAGGGAGAGAGGGUUAGCUGAACAUCGUCCCUGAAUGAUGUUUAUAAUGAACACCUUGGUCCACAGUUACCUUAUGAAUGCAAAUAAAUUAUACCACUGAACUCAAGUCUCCAGCUACUGUCCCCAAGCUUAGGAGAGUGUGAGAAGUGGAUCCCUGUUUGACAGCAGAGGCCAUCUGUGAGACUUGUCCUCUACUAUGCCUCAUCAAGGUAGAAAAAGGCAAAAAAAAAGUACAUUGAAGGGUUAAACAAGGGUGCUGCUGCUUGAUCGGGAAAGUAUUUGGCUUUGUGUUGCUAGAGUAUUGUUCUGAGACAGUCAAAAGAUGUAUGUGUCCCAAACGACUUUAGGACACACACAAACACUACUUUUUCUUUACCAUUGUCCCACUGUUCAGUGUGAAGGCCAGUUUGCUUUCUCAACAGAUUCAUGUUGGACACAUUACACAAAGAUAAGCAAGAUAAAGGGGAUGUUUAAAGCAGGAAACCAAAUCAAAGUGAAUCAAGCAGGCUUAUUGCCAAGAGCUAAAUAUACCCCAGCCUUGCAGAAAGAGUCAAGUUCUGACCUUCUGCAGGUGCAUGUCUUCCUUGGUGAAAUUCUGAAGUCUGAGUGAAAUCAAGACCAGAGAGAGGCCUCAUGUUUGCAAAGAGCUUCCACCUGUUUUGUUCCUCUGCUGCAUGAGACCAACCUUAAUGGCUUUCACCAAACUGGAAGACAGAGGGGCAGCGAGUUUGGCUGGGUGUAUGAGAAGUGUGAGUAGGUGCAGGAGUGCACAUGAUGAAACAUUUCAACUGGUACGAGGAUGGCUAAGGUGAGGUACUGCACAUGGGGUCCUAUACUUGUGAAUGGGGAUAAAAGGGAGUGCCCUUUAUUUACACUGGAAAAUUGGAUGCACAAGUUAUACCAUACCUCAUGGAUGAUGUAUGUUGCCAUUUCUUUUGGAUCACCACAGCUGCUGAGGACUUUGCCAUGCUUAGAAUAUAAAGGAGUAUAUUAAGCACAAAAUUUCAAUGUUGUGUCUGUGUAGCUGCUACUUCUACAGUAUGUUUAGUGUUCAGUAGAGUCCAUGUCACAAAUGCAAAGAAAACGUUGUUACUUUGCUGUGUUUUUCAGGGCUUGCAUGUUCCAGUAGAAUACAUGCAGGUAAAAAUAUAAGAAGCACCUUUUCAGAUAAUACGUAAAGUUUUGGAUUCCCUUCCAUAUUCUCUGGGCCAAAAAAUAGUUGGUGUAAUCCUGACAGCAUCAGGAUUACAUGCUGGUCGUGCUGCAUAAACAGCUGGCUGUCUAGACUUUUCCAUAACUUCUGUGUAUUGUCUUAAGAGGAUGUGUUCAUUCCUAUAGCCAUUUCCCAACAUCUCACUGCCACUAAGCCACAAGCCAGGGCAUUAGCUUUUAAGAACAUGAGUGAGUGUUCUGUAUUUCUUUUCAUGUUAUAUCUGUAUCCAUAUUUACAAAGCAAUGCCUAAGUUGUGGGGAUAGCUGAAAAAAAUUAUAUCAAUCUAACUCUGUGGCCCUUGGGCUUCUCCUCUUUCUGGGAGAAGCUCUGCCAGCAGCUGCAGAUCCAAGUAAUCUUGUGAAUCAUAUAAUAAGAGAGACUUGAGAAAGGUACCUGUGUCCAGAAGAGGGAUGAUCUUAUAUGCAGCAGGCUGGAAAAAACCUCAAAGAUAACUUGAACUGAGGCAUUUGUGUCUUAUUUUCUUAAUUUCAAGCAGGCAACUGAGUAUAAAUUACAUCAUUUAUGAAUAUGCAAUUUUAAUUAAAUUGUUUAAAUUUCAAAUGUUGUAUUUUUAAAUCUAGCCAAUUAUAGAACCCUUGCAUAUGCUUACCACUGCACCCUGCUGGAUCGGGCUGAUUCCCACUAGAAAAUUAGUAGCUGCAGGUUUUUGACCAUCAGAUACUGAAUGAUCUAACUUAUGUUAAUGAGUCACUUCCUACAUAUAAACUAAAUUCUAUAGCCUGCUGCCCACAAGGUGACGUAUUCUAAAAAAGGCACUUAUUUCAGUUCUGAGUUCUGCUUUUCCAAAUAGAGGCACACACAAAAUGAGAAGUUCCCGCAGUCUGACCAUCAAAUUCAGGGAAAGGUGACAACUGCCCUGCUGUGUAAAAGUUCCUGGGGAAGAGCUAUUGUGAGACUGGACCAAAAAAGCAGAUAAAAUACAUAUUUCACUGUAAGUACAGCAAGUUGUCCUACAGAUUCAUAAAUAUAAGCAUAGCACAUGUUUACAUGCCUUUCUGAAUGGAAACCUCAAUGACUUCCCUUUCUGGAGCUGACAUCAUUGGCUUUCACAGUACUUUAAAAAAAGAUGACAGAAUGUGUUCCUUGGGUUUGCCCUUGUCCUUACCCUCCUCUGUACAGAUUUCCUGCCUCAAAACUCUUUGAGUCACAGCAGCAAGGAGGGGACACUAUGGCAAAGACCACCCGACAUAACAUGGGAAUUCCUGCAGCAGGGAGAGUCCCUCCGAGCACAGCUGGCUGGGAAGGGUCAGCCUUUGGUCUGCAUGCAGCUAAGAUCUUUUUAUGGAACUUUCUCAUUUCUGAUUACCUGUGUGAUAACUCAUAAAACAUUGUAUCAGCAACAUUUCAUUCAGAUUUUGGGGUAAGCACAUAAAGACUCAGAAAAGAGUCAUUUUCUUCAGCAUACCAAAUGUUUCAUAAAGCCAGAGCAGAGUAAUAAUUUCCAAUCUUAAGUUUUGUUAGUGGUAGCCAGAGAAGUCAUUACCUUGCAAAUUAUUUAUUACUCUGUAGCUUCAAAAAUAACAAACUCUCCCAAGAAUCCAAAACAAGAAACUUCUACAUUCACGGCUAGUCUCAUUACCAGGCUCAUGCACAUGACAACUUUGUUUCAUAUAAAUGGUAUGUAUAAUUUUAUUAGAAAGAAAUAUUAUUUUGAUGUUAAGACAUCAAAUUAUAAGCAGAAGGAUAAUAAAGAAUUUGUUAUUUUAUUGAUAUUAGAAAUAUAUUUAAUGGGAACAUUUGCAAGAGUGUAGUGAUGAGAAAAUUCUGAUUGUUAAUGGGUUUAACAAAAUCAUGAAUCCUGAAAAAUAUUUUCUUUCAACACUGUCAAGUACAUAAAGGUUUAGACUCUCUUGCAAAGCUGUAGUUUUGACACACAAGAAUUCCUAUAUAAUCAGGCUAAAAUAGGAAAAGGAGAGGAAAAUUGAUUGUAAAUUGAAUUAGGGUAAUGCCUGGAGUUACUGCUAGCAUCACAGCUUGCAUAGCCUUCUGCCUAGAAGUAUUUUGGAGUUAAUGUACUAAGUCCCAGAGCAGCAACAAAAGGUGGGGUGGGGUCCAAUUCUCUGUUAAUUUCACAUUUUUAAAGAAUUGAUAUGUUUGUUCCUUUUACACAUUCCAAUAACUAUACUGUUCACUUUAUUUAUAUAUGAAAUACUAAAAUGUGUAUAAGAUGACUGUGAUUUUAUGAUGUAUUCAUAAUAACAAAGAUAUUUUUUCUUA